GGUUCAGAAAACAGUGCGAGGAUUUAGAAGUUUUGUGAUCCGGUUGAAGUCACAUGAUCGCUCAUUAUGGCCAUGCAAACUAGGCAGUUUAAAUCCAGGCCCUGCUUGGGCUAACAUCAGACAUUCAAAUAGCCGUGCUUUUCUAGAGACAUGGGACAAGGCAGUCACGGGGGACCUUUCCUUAGCAGCGACAGACGGCAACACACACUACAAAGGAGCUAUCAUUGUCAAAUAUGAACAGAAACUAUGCUCUCUUUUCGGAUGGUUUGAACUUUUUCCUUUCGUUGCGUUGCGGAGGUUGUGUGUUAUAAAUGAAAACUGAAGUUUUCCGUGAAUUGUUGAUACCUACGGCGAACGGGUGCCACACCUUCAUUUAGCGCAACAGCUCCACUACCCAGCUGGCCAGAUGGGGUGCCAAUGCUGUCGGAUGCUGAAAAGUUACAUCUAUGAUCCGACUGCUCAGGUGGACGUCCACGGCAGGAAGAGGGACCCGGCUGAGAGCUCCCUCUACCAGUCGCACCACCUACCAGGAGACAGUGGGAACCAGUUCAACAUUAAGCAGAACCAGGGCUUCCACAACCUGGGCUUCAGCAACAAGUACACCGAAAGAGGAGGUGGCGGAAGCCUCAAGCUGGAGAUCGACAACAACCACAUCAACAAGCUCCACGCCGUGCCCACCAAUCCAGAGAGGGAGUUGGGCACGGGGCAGGCAGCCAAGCCUCAUGUGGGAGAGGGUGGUGGAGAUCUAUAUAUCCUCCAUCCAGAGGGCCAGGUGCCAAGACGAGAUCCAUCCAAGGGCCUCAAUCUAGUCCGAGUCUAUCCCAACACACCCUCCCUGGAUCUUACUCUCAAUCUGACCCACUCAGGUGACACUGACUCUCACCCAGACAAGAUUAGGAUGGUCCGGAACUUCUCGGAUCCCUCCGUCGGGGACAGGUAUGGGGUGGGGUGCAACACCUCAUCAGUGGACGAGCUGGACGAGGGGGUGGGGGGCACGCCGGAGUACCUGGGCGACACAGGAGAUGAGCAGAGUGUCCUGUCUGUGGACAUUCAAACCAGUACGACUAGCCUGUCCUCGGCAGACACAAACGACGAUAGGGGGGCGCCGGACGCCACUACCACAGAGAAUGGGAUCGGGAUCUCAGUGAAGAAGAGCGAGGAUGAGGAGAAGGAAGGGGAAGACGAUGACGUGCAGAGCGUCACAGACUCUAUGGUGGCAGAAGCUCUGGCAGCUCUAGAGGCAGCGACUGCCGGGGAGGACUAA